GGUUCUGAAUUUUGUUUGAAGGUCUGAAUGAAUUCCUAGAGUGCUUCAGUGUUGACAGGCGUGAGAAUUAAAGAGUCACACAUAGGGCACGGACGCAGGGGCAGCAGUCAGAGCGACGUCCACUAACCACAGGUGGAAUGUAUGUGCAUGUGUGUCUUUGUUCCCCAGUCACAGAAGAACAGAACCAACGGUGCUGCAAGUGGUCUGAAGCAUGGAAACCGUCUGAUGCCAGCAAGUCUGUGCUUCGGGAAUGUUUGACAUUCUCUGCCAGCUGUUCUGAACAGCCUACUGUAAAUUUACAACAGGACGUGUGACUUCAGCAUCAAAUGACCUAAAAAACUUAAAUAACAACGUUACCGCACUCAGACUUGUGGACUAACUGCAGACCAGAAGCAGAAAACAAACAAUUCUUGACUUUAAUUAAACAUGUUAAAGACUUUAAACAAUAUUUUAGGCAGAUUUAAAUUCACUUAUAGGAACAAGCAUGAUUAUAGUUUGGUAUGUACUGAAGGCCGUGAAUCUUCCAGAGUGUGUGUUAGUGGGUAUAUUUUUAGUCAGGGCAGCCCCUCAAACAUUUACCAGCAGGUUAAUGACCAUCAGAGCCAGAGUUUGUAGGGCCAGAGCUGCUGCAGUGUCUCCGCACAGAAGAUCGUCCAUAAGGCUUGAAGCAAUUUGAAGAUGUCAAGUGAGAAGAACCCUGAGGUGGUGGGCUGCGAUGCCUCCAUCAUGAAGAACGUGUGGGAAAUCAGAGCGAGAGAGUACAGACAGAAGAUGCAGCUGGAGCAGGAGCGCCUGGACAAGAGCGCUCUGCCCCUCAUUAAUCAAGACUGGGCGAAUCGUUUUACUGGCAAACUGGGAAACCACAAAAGAGUGGAAAUGAAAAGACAACCAGGUACUUUUGAGAACGACAACAACAACAUCUGGAAGGACAAGCAAGCCCCCGUCCCAGCUCCUCCUCCUCGCGGUGCAGCUUCAGGCCUACUCAGACCCGGAGGCCAGAACAGAAGCGUCGCCACUCAAGCCCCAAACCACAAAGACAAGAAACAGCUCGAAAAGAAGAGGCUUCAGCUGCUCGCGUUCAUCGCCCAGUCUCAACCUUCCUCUAUGGUCUGGGGCAAGUCAUGGAAGUACAACAAGUCCCUGCCUCCAGCAGAGGGCAGCGCUGCAUCACACUGGGGCCAGUGCUGGAUGUUUGCUACCCAGCAGCCCCACACUGAGGAAGGCAAGCCUUGGCCCAAUGGGCCCAAUUCACUGGAUCCUCACAGCCUUCACCUCUGGAAACAAGCUGACCGCAGAGCGAGGGACUCACGCGGUAUAGAAUGGAGUCCUCUCACUGAGCAGUGGCAGACGUCCUGGAAAAAAGCAGACACGACCCAGAAGAAGGACAUGCCUCCUGGAAAUGGAGAGACUGGAUUGUUUGCGCUGUUAGAGGAAACCCAGCACUACAACGCUGCAGAGUGGACUAAGUCCUGGCAGUCCACCAAAGCAGCCAAUCAGCACUCAGAGAGUUUCACUGAUCCAGGUGAGGGUUUGAUGGAUCAGGUUGGAGCUGGAAAACAAGAUGCAGGUGUGACCUCCAGGUGGGAGAUAUGUUGGAGACUCUCUAACCAUCAUGGCUGCAACCAUUCUGAGCUACUCCAAGUUAACCAUUGUCACAGCCCAGAGUGGGCCGCCGCAUGGAGAACAGCAGUAGUGGCCUCCAACAACUCCCCUUCAACUCCCCUUCUGAGGCGAGAUGGCAAUGAUGAAGACAAAGACUGCAGCCAGACGAGACUGACGCAUCUUCACCGCAUCAGUAACCAGAGACAUCGAGAUCUGCAUCUGCAGCUCUGCAGUGACUUAGAGGUUCUCACUGAAUGGAACAAGUCCUGGCAGGUGGUUAAAAACAACUUGAAACCAUCUGAAGAAAUGGAGAAAGUCCUAAAAAGCCUUGAGUCUUUGAAGAUGAAGGAAAAUGACAAGAAGUUUCAGUUGACUUCAGAGAAAGUACACGAACAAUUAAAACACAAGAAUGAAAGUGAAAGUUCCCACUAUUCUAAUGAUUUACAGACUCCCAUGAGGUAUAUUAGGCCAGUGUCGGAUUGGCAGGCGAACUGGAUGGUCUCUGAAAGUGAUGUCCACCAUGACAAUGCGUCUCUUAGCCAGUGGAGCGAAGCCUGGAUGUCGUCCACCGGGAAGAUCCAGCACUGGGCUGAAGACAUGUCCAGAGAGGAACGGGAGAAUGAAGCCGUGGAGAUCCAGCCUAUGAAAGAGAUUUUCAUUCAAAGGGCCAAACAAACGAGCCAGUGUAUGGACAACCAGACAUUCAGGGGCAGUUACCCCAUGGAAGACUGGGGUGCUUCAUGGAAGGCUAGCUCACUUCCGAACCUUCAACUGAGUCUCAAUGAAUGUUCUGGUACGCAAAGAGUACGCAGCACUCCUGACGCUGGCACUGAGCGUGGAUCUGAGUUGGGAAUGUCAUUCCGACUGGCCAUUCCAAUGCCCCACAUGGAAAAGCACUGGGCAGAGUCCACUCCAAACCCGCAUCACUAUACUGUUGUUUGGCCGGCAGGAAGAAACAUCACUCGAAACCAAAUCAACACCAGUUGUGUCCAGAUCUUCGCAACCUUAAGGCUUUGGCAAAACUCACAUGUGUUUGUGAAUAGUGCCCAGAUCAAUAAGUCAAAGGAAUCCACGGACCCUAGGGUGAUUAUACGUAAGCAGAUAAACACAAGGAAACAUUUGUGCUCCUACAUUAAAAAGGGUCAAUCAGAUAGAAAGUGGGCAGGAUGUCACCUUCUGGGUAAAACCCAGCCACGCCCCAAGAAAACCUCUGCACCGGUACCGAAGCUCAGCAUGGAUAAUGAAACCAACAACUCUUUUGAGGAGUGGGGAGACUCAUGGAGAUGUUUUGUCCGGCCUGGCAUGAAGAAACAUACACUCAGUAAGUCUCUGUCAGGCUGGAAUGAGUCCUGGAAGUUCCUCCUUCCUCCACGUCAGACAGGGAACAGCCCCAAAGCCAGAUAGAAGCCAAGGCCACCAUGUGUUUGAACAGAGGAGUUAUCUGAUGUUUUAGCUGUUGAACCUCUGUUUAUAUACCACAUGUACACAUGUAUACUAUACAACAACUACUAAAAUUAAAAAAGACAGGAAGGAUGUUAUUUAGUUAAAGCAACUGCUAAUGAUGUAAUGGAAUAAGAGAAAGUUGUAUGAAGGUAACUGUAAGUUGAAGGGUUGAUGGUUGAAGGGAAAUGGUUGUUGGAAUGGAAAGGAAGAUAAUGAGGUUGAUAAUAGUUACAUACUUUAGAUGUUACUUUACACAGCUUUAGUAUGACAUGAUGGUAAAUGUAACAUGUUUGUGAAGCCUCUUCAAAUAAAGCUGUAAACCUCCA